GCAGCGAUGGCGCUGAGCGGGGCCAUGAGGGCGGCGAGGGGCAGGUGUGCGCGGGCACUGAGCUCGGCGGUGCCACCCGCGGCGGGCACAGGCGCCACCCGGGGCACAGGUGACACCAUCUUCGCGCUGUCCUCGGCGCCGGGGCGCUGCGGCGUGGCCGUGAUCCGGGCCAGCGGGCCGGGCAGCGGGGCCGCCCUGCGCAGCCUCACCGGGACCCCCGAGCCCCCGCCCCGGGUCAUGGCCCUGCGGCGCAUCCGGGACCCCCAGACCGCCGAGAGCCUGGACAGGGGGCUCGUGGUGUGGUUCCCAGGGCCGCACAGCUUCACCGGGGAGGACUGCGCCGAGCUGCACGUGCACGGGGGGCCCGCCGUGGUCAGCGGGGUGCUGCGGGCCCUGGGCCGUUUGCCGGGGCUGCGUCCGGCCGAGCCGGGCGAGUUCACCCGCCGGGCGUUUGCCCACGGCAAGCUGGACCUGACGGCGGCCGAGGGGCUGCGGGACCUCAUCGGGGCCGAGACGGAGGCGCAGCGGCGCCAGGCGCUCCGGCAGAUGGAGGGCGACCUGGGCCGGCUCUACCAGCGCUGGAGCCACGCUCUCACCCAGGCACUCGCCCACCUGGAGGCCUACAUCGACUUCAGCGAGGAUGACAACGUGGAGGAAGAGGUUCUGACCCAAGUUCGUGUCACCGUGCGGGCGCUGCUGCAGGAGCUCCGGGGCCAUCUGCGGGACGGGCGCCGGGGGGAGCUGCUGCGGGAGGGGGUCCGGGCCGUCAUCACCGGCCCCCCCAACGUGGGCAAGAGCAGCCUGCUCAACCUGCUCUGUCGGCGCCCGGCCGCCAUCGUGUCCCCCACGGUGGGCACCACGCGGGACGUGCUGGAGGUGGCCCUGGACAUCGGGGGGUACCCGCUGGUGCUCAGUGACACCGCGGGGCUGCGCCAGGCCACCGACCCCGUGGAGCGCGAGGGGGUGGCCCGGGCACGCGACCGGUUGUGCCAGGCUGACCUGGUGCUGGCAGUGCUGGAUGCCACCUCGGUGUCACCCACGCCGGUGGCUCUGGGGGCGGCGCUGGCGGCGCUGGAGCCGCCCCCGGGCACCCCCUGCGUGCUGGUGCUCAACAAGGCUGACCUGCUGGGGGGGCACAGGGGGCCCCCGAGUGCCACUGGUGCCCAGGGACAGGGACCCCCUGCCACCCUGCUGUCCUGCAAGACGGGCGAGGGGCUGGAGGCGCUGCUGGAGCUGCUGACACAGCAGCUGGCACAGCUGUGCGGGGAUCCCCUCCUGGGCUCUCCCAGCCUGACUCAGAGCAGGCACAGCCGCCACCUCGGGGCGUGCGCGGCGGCCCUGGAGCGCUUUGGGGACCUUGGGGACAGCGGGGACCUGGCGGUGGCGGCCGAGCAGCUGCGGGUGGCGCGUCGGGAGCUGGGCAGGAUCACCGGGCACGUGGGCGCUGAGGACGUCCUGGAUAUCAUUUUUAGGGACUUUUGUGUCGGGAAGUGACGGUGGCACUCCGUGGGGUGGGGUGUCACCGGGAUUAAA